CCACCACUUCAGCACGUCUCCCCGACGCGCGCGCACCAGCAGCACCACUCCACCCCGCGCAUCCCUUAGUCAGCCCGGAUUUUCAUCGUCACGUGACUUGCACUCCGCCUACGAUCAAUCCUACUACGAUGCCCCAGUGCAUGGCGGUGCCCAUGUGAAUGGCUGGCUGCGCGUCUCUCUGCCCUACCGAACUCGUGCCAUCCUCUCCCCUUCUUUUCUCAUUCACCGCGUUCGAGCGUCCGGUCUAGCGCCGCCCGCCAAACCGCGCGACCAUGAGUGCCACCAGAUUGGACCGCCUAGUAACCCUACUAGAGACGGGCAGUACUGCUUUAAUCCGCAAUACAGCAGCCGACCAGCUCGCCGACGUCCAGAAACAACAUCCCGAGGAGCUCUUCAACCUCCUCACCCGCGUCAUCCCCUACCUGCAUUCCAAGAAUUGGGACACCCGCGUCACUGCUGCAAGAGCCAUUGGCGGCAUCGUCUCCAACGCUGAAAAGUUCGAUCCUAAUGCCCAUGACUCCACCGAACCCAACGGUCAUACCAAAUCCGAAGAAACCACCAAUGGCUCCGACGUCAAGAAAGAAGAGCUGGACGAUGGCACUUGUACGCCCUCGGAGACCCAGCUGGAUCUCCGGACCCUGGAUUUGCCUUCCAUUCUGAAGUUUGGCAAGCCCCUUGUCGGGAGUGCAGGCAAGGAGUAUGACUUCAAGCUUGCUUCCAUGGAUCCCGCCGAACGUCUAGCUCAUCAGAAGAAGAGCCUGACGGCACGUCUCGGCCUUGGCGGCGAAUACAUUGAAGAGGACCUCGUCACAGACAAUGACAUAUUGGCCCAGACGCCCGGCGCUCGUACACCAGCCAUGCACCGUCUCGACACCAAUGUCUCUCGCGCAAACAGUAUCCAUUCCGCUUCAGGCUCGUCUCCCCCAGCUGCCACGCCCAUCUCCGAGCAGCAGCCCGGAUUGAGCAAGCGUCAGCUCAACAUGCUGAAACGCAAGGCGAAGAAAGAGGUCCAUAACAGAGCGAAUAAGGUUCAAAUCGUGGAGCUGGGACCUCGCCGACAGAGCACCCUCACCGAUUACCCUCAGACACCAGCAGCCGCGACGCCUUACCCGAUCAAACAGGAAGUCAAGGAGGAAAACGGCAACGAUGAUUCCAUGGGUGACUACUUUUCUCUUGAGCGUCAAGGAGGUGAUGAUGACACCAAAUUCGUGAAAGAGUUCAAGGGCGCCCCGGUACCAGACAAGUCAUCGUUCCAAACCGAGGCCGAGGAAAGUGGUCUGGAAUGGCCUUUCGAGCGGUUAUGCGAAUAUCUAAGUCUGGAACUCUUCGAUCACAAUUGGGAAGUUCGGCACGGCGCUGCCAUGGGUCUCCGCGAAGUCCUUCGCGUCCAUGGCGCGGGCGCUGGGAGACAAAAGGGAAAGACGAGAGCGGAAAACGACGCGCUGAACCAGCGCUGGCUGAACGACCUUGCCUGCCGCAUAUGUUGCGUCUUUAUGCUAGACCGUUUCGCCGAUUUCAUGUCCGACAACGCCGUGGUCCCUAUACGAGAGACUGCUGGCCAGGCGCUGGGUGCACUCCUUCAGUACCUUUCCCCAGAUAAUGUGAUUGCGACAUUCAAUGUCUUGUAUCGGCUGGUCAUGCAGGAUGACACAGAGGACAAAGCAGCGUGGCAAGUCUGCCAUGGAGGCAUGAUUGGCCUUCGAUAUCUGGUCGCUGUGCGGAACGACCUCUUGCUCCAAAAUGACACGCUCAUGGACGGGGUACUCAAAGCAGUCAUCAAAGGUCUAGGAGAUUCCGACGACGACGUGCGCGCCAUCAGCGCAGCGACCCUCAUUCCCGUCGCCAAAGAGAUAGUGGAAAUGCGACCGCAUGCUCUCCCGGGCCUCAUCAACCAAGUAUGGGCUUGCCUUGCCGACUUGACGGACGAUCUCAGCGCGAGUACCGGGUCCAUUAUGGAUCUUCUGGCUAAACUUUGUGGCUUCCCUCAGGUGCUGAGCGCCAUGCAAGCGAACGCCCAGGUCGAUCCGUCUCAAUCCUUCCAUGAACUGGUUCCCAGGCUAUUCCCCUUCCUUCGACAUACCAUCACCAGUGUUCGCGCGGCGGUUCUGCGAGCACUCAUCACCUUCCUCAACAUCCAAGCGGCUGAGACGGACCCUUGGAUUGACAGCAAAGCGCUGCAGUUGAUAUUCCAGAAUGUGCUUCUCGAGCGAGAUGAGCUUGUUUCGAAAUUUUCUUCCCAGCUCUGGGACGCCGUCAUUGACCGUGUAGGAUCCAACCCGAGCGAAUUGCAGAAACAGCUUGAGCCAAUCCUUGACAAGAUUAUACCGUUGACCCUGACCCCGAUUGGCGUUCCUCUUCAUCCCAUCUCAAUGGACCCCUCUAUGCUCAUCCGACCGUCAGGGCAUGCUUUUGGUCCUCCAUUGAAUAGUCAGCCUACGAGAAGAGCAAGUCCACCAGGGUCGAUCAGCGAGCCUGCGCACAAGAGGCGGAAGAAGUCGAAGCACGGAAAGGAUGAUUUCCUUGCGACCUCCACAACACCGCUUUCGCACAAUGUAGAUGGCCACAUGGUCAGCGGCAACCUUGAGCUUGUAGGCUUUGAGGUAAUGGUCCGGGCUCGUAUCUCAGCCGCUCGAGCGCUUGGGAAGGCAAUAGCCGCGUGGCCGGAGCAAUCCAGACAGCAGACUUUCGUUUCGAGACUUCUACCUUCGCUCAAGUCACCAAAUUCAACCACCCAACUUACGACCGCCAUCAUCAUCGAGGAGUUUGGACGAUCGCUCGGCACCAAGGAUGCUCUUGCCGUCUCUUGCGCGGAAGCGCUCGUGCCUGUCGUCGAGGGAGAAAGACCUACGGCGUACGAAGACCUGGUCCCGAAGCUGCAAGUUGUUCGUUCACGCUGCUCUGCGCUAUUGAACAUUUUCCAAAACAGCCAUGUGCAAGGCUUGCCUCAACUGGCCGUCGUCGUGCAGGGAGAUCCGUCAGCUAGUUCCUACGCCUUCUCCACUGCCGAUGCCGAUAAGCUCCUCAACGUGCAGUUGGAAAAGUUGAAGAAGAGUCUGACACCUGCGGCUCGCAUGGUGGCACAAUCCCAGCUGGCCGCCGCAACGGCGGAGCUGGAGGAGUCCCUCCAAGCCGCCAAGGACAUCAAGGAGGAACGAGAUGUCCGCAUCAAGGCUGCCGCCGCAGGCGCUUUGAUUGCACUUCAUUCGCCUCCCAAAAAGCCAGCCAUGACAAUCACGGCCAUUAUGGACAGUGUCAAGAAGGAAGAGAAUGUCCAGUUACAGAAACGCUCUGCUGCCGCCAUUGCUGGGUUCAUUGAGCACUUGGUGAAUGCCGGUCGGAAUGUUGUCGUCAAUAAGGUGGUCGGCAACCUGGCCAAGUUCUACUGCAUGGAGACGGCAGAGACUCCUGAAUUCCAUGGCCAUGCGCACGUCGAAACGGGAAUCCUCACUCUUAAGAAGGACGAGGACGUCCGCGACCACCCCGAUGCCGCAAAAUUCGCGGAGGAGUCGAGAGCGGCGCGGAUCACGAAGCGCGGGGCCCGCGAAGCACUUGAACAGGUCGCACAGAUCUUUGGUGCCGACCUUCUUGCAAAAGUUCCCAUUCUGCUCGACCUCAUCGAGAGACCCAUCAGGCGGGCUUUUACUGAGGACACCUUACCCCCGGAAAUUGCACAGGACGACGGCAUUUUCGGACAGGAAGUCGUGGAUGCCUUCUCUACCUUGCGCGCUUUGGUUGGCAAGAUUCAUCCGGAAGCGCAAGGGUUCGUCAGGCAACUCCUCCCACUGAUCGCCAAAGCGCUCCAAUCCAGACUGUACGUUCUGCGCUAUGUUGCCGCGAAGUGUUUCGCUACGAUCUGCAGCGUCAUUCCUAUCGAAGGCAUCACGAUGUUGGUAGAGAACGUGCUUCCAACCAUCAGUAACCCGAGCAAUGUCCAUUGGCGGCAGGGUGCCAUCGAAUGCAUCUACCACCUGAUUCACGUCAUGGAAGACAAUAUCCUCCCCUAUGUCAUUUUCCUGAUCACUCCCGUUCUCGGUCGAAUGAGCGAUUCGGAUAAUGAUGUGCGCCUUCUCGCCACUACAAGCUUUGCAACACUUGUCAAGUUGGUGCCUCUGGAAGCUGGUAUCCCCGACCCGCCUGGUCUACCCGAAAGUCUACUCAAAGGCCGUGAAAAGGAGCGCAAGUUCGUGGCGCAGAUGCUGGACGCCAAGAAAGUCGAACCCUUUGAGAUUCCUGUGGGCAUAAAAGCAACACUGCGGUCGUACCAACAGGACGGUGUAAACUGGCUAGCUUUCCUAAACCGAUACAACCUACACGGUAUUCUUUGCGACGAUAUGGGUCUUGGCAAGACACUGCAGACCCUGUGCAUGGUCGCGAGUGAUCAUCACAUGCGUGCAGAAGAAUAUGCGAAAACGCAGGAUCCCAAUUGUCGCCGUUUACCCUCUCUCAUCAUAUGUCCUCCGACAUUGUCUGGGCACUGGCAGCAAGAGAUUCGGCAAUACGCUCCUUUCCUGACAUCUUUGGCUUACGUUGGUCCGCCCUCGGUGCGUAACCAGCUCCGAUCCCAACUUGACAAGGUCGACAUCGUCAUUACUUCCUACGACAUCUGCCGCAACGACAAUGACGUUCUCCGGCCGCUGGCUUGGAAUUACUGCGUGCUCGACGAGGGACAUUUGAUCAAGAACUCAAAGUCGAAGACCAGCCAGUCCGUCAAGAAUUUUCAGUCCAACCAUCGUCUGAUCCUCUCUGGAACCCCAAUCCAGAACAAUGUGCUUGAGCUGUGGUCGCUCUUCGACUUCCUUAUGCCGGGUUUCCUUGGCACGGAAAAGGUGUUCCAAGAAAGAUUCGCAAAGCCCAUUGCGCAAUCCCGCUUCGCCAAAUCAUCGUCAAAAGAGCAAGAACGAGGUGCGCUUGCUAUCGAGGCACUCCACAAGCAGGUAUUGCCCUUCCUUCUCCGCCGCCUCAAGGAAGAAGUGUUGGACGAUCUGCCUCCGAAAAUCAUCCAAAAUUAUUACUGCGACCUGUCCGAUCUCCAACGCAAGCUCUUCGAGGAUUUCACCAAGAAGGAGGUCAAGGAGAUCCAAGCAAAGGCUGGCGCUGGUGAUCGCGAAAGCAAGCAACACAUCUUCCAGGCGCUGCAAUAUAUGAAAAAACUCUGCAACUCACCGGCGCUUGUCAUCAAACCGGCUCACAAGCACUACCAAGCAACCCAGAAGUAUCUCAAGCAGCAUAACACGGCCCUUGAGGAUAUCGCGCACGCUCCUAAAUUGGGUGCGCUCAGGGACCUUCUUGUGGACUGUGGCAUCGGCACAGCAGACGUCGUGAAGGAUAAGACGGCAAUUCCUAACGGCGACCUCCCCGAAGCUGUCUCCCAACACCGCGCGCUCGUCUUCUGUCAAAUGAAGGAAAUGCUCGACAUGGUGCAGACCAAUGUCCUGGAAAAGAUGCUUCCGUCCGUCCAGUUCAUGCGCCUGGACGGCUCAGUCGAGGCCAACAAGCGCCAGGACAUUGUUAACAAGUUCAACUCGGAUCCUUCCUAUGAUGUUCUGCUCCUGACGACGUCGGUCGGUGGCCUUGGUCUUAAUCUGACAGGCGCCGAUACCGUCAUCUUCGUCGAGCAUGACUGGAAUCCACAGAAGGAUAUACAGGCCAUGGAUCGGGCACAUCGCAUUGGGCAGAAAAAGGUAGUUAACGUCUACCGCAUCGUCACGCGCGGGACGUUGGAGGAGAAAAUUUUAAACCUCCAGCGCUUCAAAAUCGACGUCGCCUCCACCGUCGUCAACCAGCAAAACGCCGGUCUGGGCUCCAUGCAAACCGAUCAGAUCCUCGACCUGUUCAACGUCUCUGCCGACAGCGCAGACUCGUCUGCCAUGCCGCUGCCGCCGACGGAUAAUGAAGGCGCGAUUGAUGAGAACGAUGCGGUGGAUGCGACGGGCAACGUCAGGGAGAAGGGGCAGAAGGGCUUCUUGGAUGAGUUGGGCGAGCUGUGGGAUGAGAGGCAGUAUGAGGAGGAGUUUGAUCUUGAGGGGUUCUUGGGGAAGAUGAAGGGGUAAAAACGCCACCAAAGGGAACUUGUGGGGGGUAGCUAGAUUUCCUUCUCGAUUCGUGUUGGCGUUCUUGGAGGUGUGGGUUGAUAGGGGUUGGCUUUUCCGGUUGGUGUGCAUUUGCAUGGAGGGGUAGGUGCGUGCCGGGGGUUUCUCUCCUCUUCGGUGUUUCUUUUCUCUGGGUGUUUUUCUCUCUAAUGCUUUGCUUUAGCAUGGCGUUGGGUGGGGAAUCUUCUCUCUUGGCCUGGUUGGGAAAAGGAAAUGGGUGGGUGUAUGUAUGGUUAUGGGUGCGGCGGGAAUGUGUGUAUGAAUAGCUCGGGAUUGGGGUAUUGGUAUUCUAAGCGAAGUACACGGAAGUUCGCCUCGGAAGGUGUAGGCGAUGAGAAAUGAGAUACAUGGUUAUG